AUGAAUAAACCAUGGUCAAUUGCUGUAGGCUGGGUAAGCUUGACGAUUGCAGCAGGAAUAGGAUAUUAUUUUGCAAAAAAAGAUAUUAAGGCAAGACAUAGAGAUCGGAUAUUAGAAAGUCAAAAAAUACAAGAAAAAGCAAAGUUAGAAGAGAUAAAGACGAGAAAUGUUGAUAUGAAUUCGGAUGAAUUAUCUAAAUUUCAUGUUUCAAAAGAACAAGGUGUUAGAUGA